UAAGGAAACACAGCUGAGAACUUUUAAUCUUAAUAAAAAAAAAUUACUUUUUAAACUGUGAAAUAAGAAUUAAUUCGACACAAAAAAACUACGCAGGGAUCAAGAUGUAAAAAAUCCAGAAGAAAAAAAUUCCAUUAAAAGUGGUGGAGAGUGGGAGAAGGCAAAAAGGAGUACAGCGUACAGGAGGAAGAAGAGCUUCUGCAUUUUCAGCACCCAAUCGCAAAGGCGUUUCCUUUUUCGUGAUAUAUCUUUCUUUUACCGCACCAAUUUUCUUCUCGGUUUUCCGCUGCUUCAUCACAGAGCACUCGUUUGAUGUUUGCUGAAAUUCCCCGAAGAGCUUGAUGUCGCCGCCACUUGAACUCGACUACAUAGGACUUGCUGAUGCGUCCUCUACCAAUAUGCUUGCUGCUGGUGCGCGAGAGAAUCUUCGUGAAACGGAGCUCCGGCUAGGCCUUCCGGGCUCCGAGUCGCCGGAGCGCAAGGAGAAAGUGGGGUUCGCACUCUGCCUACAGAUUCCCAAGGGCUUCGCUUCCGGUGCUAAGAGAGGGUUUUCUGACGCCAUUGAUGGAAAUGGAAUGUGGGCUUUGUCCGGGAGUAGCGGAUCUGAGGUGGAAAUGGAGAAAGGCGGCACCUUGUUCUCGCCUAAAGUUGGAGGAGGAGGGCAGUUCGCUGGUGCCGGGAAGGCAACGGCAUCGCAGGAGAAGAAGACGCAGAGGCCGCCGGCUGCGAAGGCGCAGGUUGUAGGUUGGCCACCAAUUAGAAGCUACCGCAAGAACACUAUGGCUACAAACCCAUCGAAGAACAAAGAAGAUGUUGAUGGGAAUCAAGGUCUUGGGUGCCUCUACGUCAAGGUUAGCAUGGAUGGAGCUCCCUAUUUGAGGAAGGUAGACCUGAAGACUUAUUUCAGCUACAAGGAGCUCUCAUCAGCACUGGAGAAGAUGUUUAGUGGUUUUACUAUGGGCCAGUGUGGCUCUCAUGGAAUUCCUGGUAGGGAUGGACUAAGUGAAAGCUGCUUGAUGGACCUUCUUACUGGUUCUGAGUAUGUGCUUACAUAUGAAGACAAAGAUGGAGAUUGGAUGCUCGUUGGUGAUGUUCCAUGGGAAAUGUUUAUCGACUCUUGCAAGAGGCUGCGGAUUAUGAAAGGUUCAGAUGCAAUUGGACUUGCUCCAAGAGUGAUGGAGAAGAACAAAAAUCGAAACUAGAAUCACCAUUGCCGAGAUAACAAUCCAAGUGUUAAUAUGAAAUGGCUGCAACUAUCCCUCUUAAAACCGAGUAGUUCAAGUGUUUAAAUUGGGAACUGUCUUGUAAACUUAUAUGUUAUGGCUUGUUUUCUUACAUUUACUGCCUGUCUGAGAGUAUACUAUCAGAUCAAAAUUGUGUCUUCAAUGUAUCUUUGUAUGCUUGCACCUUAUAUUCUAUUUUGUGUAAAUGAUUGCUGGUUUGCCUCACUACUGUUUGCAUUUUC